GAUGCCAUCAGAAGAAGGAUCGGUGGUACGAUGGCUCGUGUGUGGGGCGACAGCUGGUUUAGCAGUUGAUAUUGGAUUAUAUCCAUUGGAUACAAUUAAAUCAAGAAUGCAAUCUAAACAAGGAUUCAUUGCAGCUGGAGGUUUUAAAGAUAUUUAUAGGGGAAUGAUCUCAGUAUUAGUUGGCUCAGCACCCGGAGCUGCCAUUUUCUUCCUCACUUACAAAUACAUUAAUGGACAAAUGAAACAAGUAAUUGAAGAAAGAAAUGCUCUUGUGGAUGCUGUUUCUGCAAGUUUGGCUGAAAUUGCAGCAUGUGCUGUAAGAGUACCAACAGAGCUUUGUAAGCAAAGAGGACAAGUUAAUAAAAAUGAACGACUGACGUUAAUAUGCAAAGAAAUAAUGGAAACUAAAGGAAUACGUGGAUUCUAUCGAGGAUACGGUAGCACUGUGGCUCGAGAAAUUCCUUUUUCAAUUAUCCAGUUUCCUAUUUGGGAAGCUUUGAAGAGGGCAGUGGCAAAUAAAAAAGAAUCAGGUCGUUGUAGUCCAUUGGAAGGAGCUGCUUGUGGAAGUGUAGCUGGAUUUAUUGCAGCUGGUUUAACGACACCAUUAGACGUGGCAAAGACACGUAUCAUGCUCACAAAAAACGGUCCAGCUCCUGGUAUUUUGAGCACAUUAAAAGAGGUGUACACAUCAAAUGGAGUACGUGGGCUUUAUUCUGGAGUCGUACCUCGUGUAAUGUGGAUUUCAGGCGGUGGUUUUGUUUUCUUCGGUGCCUAUGAAACAGCAAUGCAUUUUACCAAAUUUUUAGAUUAGUCAUCAUUUAUAUUGUUGGUUUAGUUCUAGAUCCUCUCUAGUUGUUUCUAUUUUAUUUUUUCCCUGUUACUCUAGGAUUGCCCUGUCUGUUCUUUUUAUCAAUCAAUUUUCAUCAGUCCAUCUGGAUUGAGUCACAUUCUCAUUUUUCCUCCCAAUACUUUCUGAACACAUACCACAUCACUCAAAUUGUUCUUUUUCCUCCAUUUUUCUUCCGACUUUUGAUUGUUUUCCCUUCAUAUCUUUUGAUAAAAUCCAUUUUUGCAGAAAACUGAUUUUCGGUUUCUGCACAAAAAUAGUUUCAGAAUAUUGAAAACGACUAGUCUAUUCAUAUAGAUGUUCUCUUUUUUUCAGAUUAUAUAGGACCAGUUUUUGGAUUGAUGACUUUGUCCCCCUUCUUUUACUGUUCUCGUGUAUCUACAUAAAUUUUUAGCGCAUUGUUUCUGUUUUUAUUUUGUUUUCUUUAUUAAAAUUUAUAUUUUUAAAAUGAAAGCUAAAGCAAUU